AUGCAUCAUCUCCUAGACGCGGCAUUCCACGUUCUUGCGAAUUCUGCAGGCGUGUGCGUUGUCGCAGCCACCAACGAUGAGUACAACGCUCGUGUAGCGCAAUCGCUUCUCAGGAAAGUCCUCGACGAGUUCAUCACCAAAUACCCGCCAAGCGCAUACGCCAACUUCCAGAAGGACAGCCCAAAGCUAUCUUACCCAGAGUUGGAGGUGUACAUUGAGAAGUAUCAGGACUGGACUAAGGUGGACAACCUCGCUCAGAUCCAAAAAGACCUGGAUGAGACCAAGAUUACAAUUCACAAGACAAUCGACAGCGUGCUGGCGCGUGGUGAGAAGAUUGACGACUUGGUGGCUAAAAGUGACGGCUUGAGUGCACAGAGUAAGAUGUUCUACACGCAAGCCAAGAAACAGAACUCGUGCUGCGCUGUCAUGUAGAUAAUCAUGCACUUUUGAGCUUGUCAAAGCGAUAGAGCGCUUUCCCUGCCGGAUGAGGAGUUGAGACGCGCUACUUGGUCUUUUACAUAUCCUACGACCAAUUUAGACUAUAUUUC